ACCAACUAUCGGACGUCUUUUAAAAAACUUUUGAAGUUAUCUACUUAGAAUCUGACAUGGAAGAAGUAAAAGAAGGAGACAAUGAAUCGAAUGGAGAGAAGAAAAACGCUAGCAAUAGCGAGAAGAAGAAAAUCAUAGCGAUAUUUAAUAAUUUUAAAACAGAAAUUUUAAUAGAAUACUGCUUCGGUAUCUACAGGUUUCAAAACAUCGACGGAGAACUACGACCCCCAAAUUGGAAAAUGAAAGUUUACGGAAUUUUUAUUUUCUUCAUAUACACCAUUGCGUUUUGCUGGUUCAUGUACUUUACUCCAGACGCAGAAGCUUCAUCAGAACAGAGUGACAUCAUGACUAAUCUGGACAACAUCCCUUCCUUCGUCGUACUUUUUCAAUACGCAUCCUUGAUAGUAGCCACCAAUUUCUUCAGCUCAAUGAACAUUCGAAUGAUCACAUUGCUUGCAGAAGUAGACAAGACAUUACAAUUAGAGAUCUGUACUGAUUUCUACAAAAAAAUGAGUUCCCGUCUCAACAAAUUCUUAAUUUUUAUAACCAUCUCACACGUAGCCAAUGGCUUGAUGGACCUCAUCACUGUAGCAGAUAGGGCUUGGGCGAUAACAGUUUUUCCACUAUACUUUCUACAAAGAUUCGAAGUAUUCAUUUUCUGUGCGUACGUAAUUGUGGUGAACGGGAGGUUGGCAGUUAUCAAUAACUAUUUGAGGGAAUUUAAUCAAGAACAGGACAAGAAGAACGUUACAGUUUUUACAGUUAAAGACACGAAAAUUAAAACUGAGAAGUCUUUCAACUAUAUCGGACGCCCAUCAGUAAGGAAUAUGAAAAUCCGUGACUUGGCAACCACGUACGAUAAUAUUGGGGAGAUUUGUUUCAUGAUGAACGACGUUUUUAACUUCCAGAUCUUUCUGACCCUAGUGUCUGCAUUCGUGUACAUUGUCAUAACUAUUUGGACGUCUCUAAGUUUCUAUCGGGCAACAGCUUAUAGCGCAAAUACGUUGAUUAAUAAUGCAAUUUGGUGUUUUAACACUAUUUGCAACGUUGCUACUAUGUCUUUUACUUGUGAACGACUUCUUAUUUCCCGUAAUGAGACCAGAAUUCUAGUAAACAAGAUAAUAAUGAAUUAUGAUUUACCGAAGACGAUGAGGGUGCAGGCUAAAGCGUUCAUGGAGCUGGUUGAGGCUUGGCCGCUGAGGAUUUACGUAUAUGACAUGUUUUCAAUUGAUAUCAAACUCAUGUUGAAGUUUAUAAGCGUAGCAACCACUUAUUUAAUUGUUAUUAUACAGAUUUCUCACUUCGUUUAA